AUGGCGGACGCAGCCGUUAAGCCAGACCCGGCUGUCAAGCCCGACCCGGACGCCCUCCAAGGCGGAUCCCCCAUGGCCAUUGAUGCCUACGAAGACGACAUCGGCGACCUGGAUCUUGAAUUCUACGCCCCGAGGGACCCAGAUGGCAAUCCAGCCCCCCAGGACAACCUCUUCAUGGCUCGCGUGCCCACGUAUGUCUGGGCUGCUUGGGACAAGAUCGACGACGACACCCCAAUUGAGAUCGGGAGGCUACGCGCCUGGAGCGAGCCCGAUAAGAAGGGUGUACCCAAGAGAAAAAUGAGGCUUUUGCUGAAAAGCAACGUCGCCUCCCAUCAAGGUCUACCCCGUGAAUACGAUCUGGACGACACCAACCAAGCAGUCAAGAAUACCUUCAUCUUCAACGAGUCGGAUAUUGAGGGCUUCAAGAACAAGAACAAGUUGCGCAAGGAUGCUGCCGAUCAGAAUAUCCCCUCCUAUCUCUUGCGCGCCAAGGUCGAGAAGCCAGCUCAACAAAGCUCUCGUGGCGGACGUGGACGACGAGGAAGGGACACUUUCAGACAGGUCAUCCCCAAGAAAACAGCAAUCUAUGGGCGUGUCUCACAGGAAGUAAACAUGAAUCCGAUAGAUAACCCAGAGACCGCAUACCUCAUGGCCGUCCGGGCGCAGGAGCAAGUGACGCCAAAGAAUACGACCCAGAUCAUCGACCGCUUCACCGUCACCAACAACGUCGUCCAGGUCGGCACGACACAGGCCACCAAGGCCUUCGAGAGCUUCAUCAAGGACACGCGCACGCAGACCAAGAAGGCCAAGGCCGAGGCCAAGACGGCGCGCAUGCCCGAGAACGAGCUGUUCGACAAGAUCUUCCAGUGCUUCCGCCAGUACAACUACUGGUCGCUCAAGGCCCUCCGCUCCGCCAUUCCCCAGCCCGAGGUGUACCUCCGGUCGACGCUCGAGAAGGUGGCCGACCUGCACAAGAGCGGCCGCUUCGCCAACAACUGGAGCCUGAAGGCCGAGCACCAGGACAUCGGCGCGCAGGCUGUGGCGGAGACGGCGCCCACCAUGAACUUUGCGGAGGAUUCCGAGGACGAGGAGAUGGAGGAUGUUCAGAUUUAG